AUGACCAUCGGGCUUGGCACCGGCACCACCGUGUUUUACGUGCUUGAGCGGAUCGAGAAGUUAAUGCGAAACGGGAAGAUAACAAAUGUGGUGUGCAUCCCCACCAGCAUCGACACGGAGAUAAAGGCCCGAAAUUUAGGCAUCCCCCUGACGACGCUGAAGAAGAACUCCCACAUUGACAUUGCCAUAGACGGAGCAGACGAAAUUGACAUGGACCUAAAUUUGGUUAAAGGACGCGGCGGGGCUGGCCAGAGAGCUCUGCUUAUAUAGACCUCCCACCGU